AGUGGAAGUGAGGCCUUGAAAUCCUCUGGUUGUCUGACCAGCUAUGAUGUCAUCAUCAGUGCUGGCCGGUCCCCUCUCCCUCCUCUCCUCCUACUUCCGUGCUCAUGCCAAGAUCCUCCAGCAUCAUUGUGUCUGGGAGUGGCAGCACGGAGGAGAGGACGGGCCAGCAGACCAGUCAGUGCCAGUCAAGAUUGCUCAAGAUAUCUUCAUUCCGUAAAAACAAAGCAACAGCAGGAUGGCUGAGAACACCGUGUCAGACAUUGAGACGUCCUUCAGGAAGUUUGCCGUCCACGGUGACAGCAAGGCGACGGGAAAAGAGAUGAAUGGGAAGAACUUUGCAAAGCUGUGCAAGGACUGCAAUGUCAUCGACGGGAAACACGUCACCACCACAGACGUCGACAUUGUGUUCAACAAAGUCAAGGAGAAGUCUGCUCGUGUGAUCACCUACGAGCAGUUCAACACUGCGAUGGAGGAGCUAAGUCUGAAACGUUUCAAAGGUAAAAGCAAGGACGAAGCCAAGGAACUGAUCAACGGCCUCAUUGCUGGGAAGGAACCUGCCAAUGCUGGCGUCACUAAGCCUCAUCUUUGGUCAAAGCUGUUUCUCUCUCAGCAUCACCAGUUGGACACUGAAGACAAUGAAGCUUCACGAUACACUGUCCUCAUUUUCUGGAACUUUCUGCUUUGUAGUAAUCUUUGUUGUCGAACCAAUAUCAGUGAAACAUGACAUAGUUUUGAAAUCUAUUUUUCGACACAUCCCUGCUUGUCCAGUUUCCUCAUGAAGCCUAACCAAAUGUACAUCUGUUACCAUGAACCUAAACGUCCCACCAGGCGUCUCUUUCUCCGUCACCAAUCUAGCUAUGGGAUUGUUGGAGACAGUACUGUCUCCUGGUGAAUACUGGAUAAGGGUCUAGUCAUUUAAGCGCCAUCGUCGCAAAAUUGGGAAUAUGACGCCAGGAUGCUGUUCAGAAUCAGAAUCAGAAUAGAAUUUAUUGCCAUUGUCAGUGGGUUCCACCAACUAGGAAAGUGCUUCGAAAUAAAGUGCUAUUAAUAAAAUAAAAUAAAAUAAAAUAAAAUAAAGGCUUAUCACAAAUUUAACAUGAUUUACACAAGCAGAUGGCGGUAAUCCGUAACUUAAAUCUUAGCAAGAUUUGUGGGAGUUUUCUGGUGAAUAGAAAUUGAAAAUGUUCGGUGGUGUUCGCAGUCCCACCCAUCAUUAUUGUCAUAUUAUAUUGUUAUUGCUAUCUCUGUAUCAUCUGUAAACGUUGUAAUUCACUGUGGU